GGACACUUGAUGAGAGCCAGAACACAGAUCAUCACACUCUUCUGCUGGGAUUGAGUUCUUCUGAAACUGGACUUUAGAGAAAUGAUGCUCAUCUUUGGACUGAUGCUGCUGCUGCUGCAAACUGCUGCAUGUCUGGAUCAGCUCUGCAGGUUUGGUCAAAUACAUUCGAUCAGUCAAUGUUACGCAGCUCUGGGACACAAACUCAAUCUGCAGAUGAAGCCGUACCCUUCAUAUACUGAACUUUAUUUGUAUAAGACGUUAAAUGAUGGCAGUAGACUGGAUGUUUUUAGCAUAACAGACAAUAAAGAACAUAAACAUGAAUCCAUCAGAAACAGAUCUGAGUUCUUCUUUGAUAAUAUGACUCUGAUCAUAAACAAUGUGACCAGAGCAGAUUCAGGAAGAUACACACUAGAUGUCAUUGAGAUAGAUGUGAUAAUAAGCAGUGAUCUUCAAGUGAUUGUUGAAGCUCCUAUUGGCUCACUGGAAGUGUCAAUCAUAUGCUCCGCCAAUCAGACUUCAGUGUUCUGCUCCUCUAAAGGUGAUAAGAUCAUCUACAGCUGGACUCUGAAUGGAAAAAUACUAGAAGAAGGACCAAUGUUUGGAAACAGCAGGAUUGAUCUGGAUGAUAGAACUGAUGGAGACAUCAGCUGCAGUCUGAAGAACAACGUCAGUCACGCACAGAAGACCAUUAGACUCAAACCCUGUCCUGGUGAGAUUUUAUUACAUGAAUGUUCAUGUGUAUACAUACAUACAUACAUACAUAUAAAGCACAGCAGCACCAAUGAUGAAGAACAGUCAAGUUUCUUAACUGGGCUCUUAAUGGACUCUAUGCACGGCACGUAACUUCCGUAUUUGUGGUGAAAUCUCAGGAUGCAUAAAAGUUUCCGGUCUUUCUACAGCCAUGGCAUGAGUGCAUUACCAGCUGCAAUCUUUUGUCAAGGAACGAUUAAUAUAAAACAAUAUUUAUACAUUU